UUCUUCGAUUUAGUGUUGCUAUUAACUGAAAUUUUGGAUUGGACGCAAUUAUUCGCGUGGAUAGAAAAUGAUUAUCGCGCACCCGCUUUCUCAUUCGGAUACGCUCAUCAGAACGGUCCUCAUACUUGGAAAGAUCUAUAUCCCGAGAGCACCGGUAGCAAUCAAUCACCUAUCAAUAUCACCACAAGGCUCGCCGUAGUGGUGCAACCGUCUGAACCACUUCUAUGGAGUAAUUACAGUAGCGGACCUUUAUCGAUGAAUAUCGCGAACGACGGUCAUACCGGUAGAUGCAAAUUUUCUCUAACCAAGCAAAUAAAUAAAAAAGAUAAUAAUAAAUUUAGAAAAUGUCUGCAAGGAGGUCCUUUGACCGAUACAUACGAUUUCUUUAACGUUCUUUUUCACUGGGGUCCGUCUAACGAAGAGGGCAGCGAACACACUUUGAAUUAUGUUCGUUUCCCUAUGGAGUUACAAGUAGUUCACAUGAAGCGUGGAAUUAAAUCGCCAACAGACGCGAUCGCUCUAGGCGCGAAAGACGGAAUAGUGAUUGUUUCCUUCUUCCUUCAAUUUAUCGUAAUCUUAUUAAUUAUAACAACGCUACAGAUAAAUAAUGCGGAUAAUCCUUAUCUGGAUCACAUUGUGAGCAAUUUGUGGCGCGUUACUUGCCCGGGAUCGAGGGUUUACAUACCUCCUUUUCCGCUGGAAUGGGUAUUCUCACCUUUUGACAGAGAUUAUUAUACUUAUAGCGGUUCUCUUAGUCAACCGCCUUGCAGUGAAAUUGUCACGUGGAUUGUUCAACAAGAACCAAUCGCUAUAUCUUUAUCGCAGGUAUACAGUGAUACGUUCGAAUCAGUAAAAUAUUUGUCGCCAAUUUUAUUAUCAUCAAUGUAAUCUUUCACUGUAGGUGGAGCAAUUUCGAAAAAUUUGUUCAGUAGAUGGUCCGUUACUUCUAAAUUGUCGACCGGUUCAACCAUUGAACGAUCGUGACAUUUACUUUUAUGAAGAAAGCUUAUCGUAAUUAAUUUAUAUUUAUUUUAUGAUUUACGUGAUCGAGUAUAUAAGGAAAUC